AUUAUCUAGGUUGCAUUUAUACAAAUGGUACGAUCGUUGUAUAUGCCCCAACAGUUGGUUUUGUUCAUUUCGAAAACGUACACGAAUCCAACAACUCGUCAAAUCACAUCAGAUAUCGAUUGAAAAUGACUAAGCUACAAGUUUUCUGUUUUUUUGCGAUUACUAUUUGCAUUGUUAUAAACAAUAUAAAAUGCGCAUCGCCAGACGAAUGUCGUGAUCAGAUUUGUAAGACCAACAACAAACUUAGCAAUUUAACUGACAAUCAAAAAUACCAACUGGUCAACGGUCUCAUUCGUGCAUACUCAUAUGCGCGAAUUCAGGUUUUGAUUUUUCCGCCAGUUCCUGAGUUAAUGGCAAGCAGAGGCAGGGCGAAAGCUUUUGAUUCAAUAAUAACCCAAGAACAGGAUAUACUACAAUUUAUUACAGACCAAGAGUUAGCAAUUGAGUAUGACCUAACUGACUUUAACACGGCAGUAUACAACAGACAUCAGCUGAUACGUACUAUAUUCAACCAUGUUCUACAUCACCAAAUGAAUAACAUCCAAAUGUGCGUGAAUGACGAAGGCAAAAAAUGCAAAUUGGUCGGGAUAAUAACGCGUGCAUUAAAUCCUGAGCAUAGAUUUACACAAAGAUGUAAUGAAGAAUUUAAAUGCGUUAUAGCAUUGGAAGGGAUGAUUACGGCAGACGGCGUUGUACCAACAUACAACACACGAGUAGAGAAUUAUGUAGAUCGGCGACUUCCGUCAGGAUUGUAUAAAACAGAACUUGAGGCAGUUAUAUAACUAUAUUCAUUAAUAAACUAUUAUUAUAACCAAUAAUGUCGUCGUAUAGCUGUUAUUAUUUCAUAUAUUAGGAAAAACACCAGCACCGCAACAGUUGGAUCA